AUGGCCCUGAUCAGGAAGACAUUUUAUUUUCUAUUUGCUGUGUUCUUCAUUUUGGUUCAACUGCCAUCAGGGUGCCAGGCAGGACUUGAUUUUUCCCAACCAUUUCCAUCGGGUGAGUUUGCCGUCUUUGAGUCAUGCAAGUUCAGUUGGGGAAAAUGCAGGAAGGAGUGCUUGGAGAAUGAGAAGCCCGGUGGAAAUUGCAGGCUGAACUUUCUCUGCUGCAGACAGAGUAUCUGA